AUGCCUAUCGCCGUCCCAACCCAGGCAUAUGUCCACGAAGGUGGAUUUAAGCCGUAUUUUGAACAACAGAUCCAAGAUACAGAAAUCAAGAUUCAACUGUCGACACUCAACUUGCGUCGUUUGGAAGCUCAAAGAAACAAAUUGAAUACCAAAGUCAGACAAUUAAAGGAAGAGUUACGGUUGUUACAAGAGCCAGGGUCAUUUGUAGGUGAAGUGGUUAAAGUUAUGGGGACCACAAAGGUAUUGGUUAAAGUUCAUCCUGAAGGGAAAUAUAUUGUUAAUGUUACUAAGGAUAUUGACAUUAAGAAGUUAACCCCAACACUUAGAGUAUGCUUGAAAUCAGAUAGUUAUGAUUUGCACAAAAUUUUACCCAAUAAGGUUGAUCCAUUGGUAUCAUUGAUGAUGGUUGAAAAGGUUCCUGAUAGUACUUAUGAUAUGGUUGGAGGUUUAGAUAAGCAAAUUAAAGAAAUCAAAGAAGUGAUUGAAUUACCUGUGAAACAUCCGGAGUUAUUUGAAUCUUUGGGCAUAGCUCAGCCUAAGGGAGUUAUUCUUUAUGGUCCUCCUGGUACGGGAAAAACCUUGGUUGCUCGUUCUGUUGCUCAUCAUACUGAUUGUAAGUUUAUUAGAGUAAGUGGGUCUGAAUUGGUCCAAAAGUAUAUUGGUGAAGGUUCUCGUAUGGUUAGGGAAUUGUUUGUUAUGGCUAGAGAACAUGCACCUUCAAUUAUUUUUAUGGAUGAAAUUGAUUCUAUUGGAUCUUCACGUGUUGAUGGAUCAUCAGGUGGAGAUUCAGAAGUACAAAGAACAAUGUUGGAAUUAUUAAAUCAAUUAGAUGGCUUUGAAAGUUCUAAAGAUAUUAAAAUUAUCAUGGCAACUAAUAGAUUGGAUAUUUUAGAUCCAGCCCUUUUAAGACCAGGUAGAAUUGAUAGGAAAAUUGAAUUCCCGGCACCAACAGUAACCGCCAGAACUGAUAUUUUAAGAAUCCAUUCUCGUUCCAUGAAUUUAACAAGAGGUAUUAAUUUACGUAAAAUUGCUGAAAAGAUGAAUGGUUGUUCAGGUGCUGAUGUUAAAGGUGUCUGUACUGAAGCAGGUAUGUUUGCAUUACGUGAGCGCAGAAUUCAUGUUACUCAGGAAGAUUUCGAACUAGCAGUUGCUAAGGUGAUGUCUAAAGGUGAUGAAGGUGCGGUUUCAUUGGCCAAAUUGUUUAAGUAG